GUGAAACCUAACUCUUGAGACAGUCAAAUAACUCAAGCAACCAAACAAACCCAUUCCUUUAUAUAUUUGGGUUGUUGGUGCAGUUAGUUGCUCAUUACUCUCUUCUCCACACACACGUAUAUUCUCCCAUCAAAAUUCCAAUCCCACAUCUCGACUAUCAUCACACAAAACAUAAAUUAAAUUGAUCAUAGCUAGCUAGGGUUUUCACAUUUCUUGCUAAAUCCAUAAUCAGGAUUUUGUGCAUGAGAAAACCAGCAUGAUCACUGUUUGGAGGAGGAGGAAAAUCCAGAUGGAUCAUGACGAGAACCGGAAGAUUUAUCUCUUGAGUGAAUCGGAAGCAGUGACGGAGAUGAAGAAAAAGAAGAAGAAGAAGAAGAAGACGACGACGAUUGAUGAUGAUGAUGACGAUGAUGGGAAAAAUUACCGAUUUUUAUCGUUCAACGAGCUGCCGGAAUACAUGAAGGAUAAUGAGUAUAUCUUGGAUUAUUAUAGGGCUAAUUGGCCUCUCAAAGAAGCCCUCUUCAGCAUUUUUAGGUGGCAUAAUGAGACACUUAAUGUUUGGACGCAUUUACUGGGAUUCAUGUUAUUUGUGGGAUUGACAGUUGCUAAUCUAAUCCAUGUGCCUCAUGUCGCAGAUUUCAUUGCCAUGAUUUCUGAGCAGUUUCCAACGACUGCAGAAGGCAACGCCUCCAAGAACCUGGUGUCAUUGUCAACAUCACGGGUGGCAACACCAUGGGUGGUAGAAGUGAAUGAAGGCGGGGGCGGGGGCGGGGGGCUUCGGCGGUGGCCGUUGUACGUGUUCCUGUGCGGCAGCAUGCUGUGCCUGCUGUGCAGCAGCGUGUGCCACCUCUUCUCGUGCCACUCGCGGCGGCUGAGCCUCCAGCUCCUCCGCCUGGACUACGUGGGCAUCGCGGUGAUGAUCAUCACCUCCUUCUUCCCGCCGAUCUACUACAUAUUCCAGUGCAGCCCCGGGUGGCAGCUGCUGUACCUGAGCGGGAUCACGGCCAUGGGGCUGUGCACCAUGGCAGCCCUGCUGUCGCCGCCCCUCUCGGCCCCUCGGUACCGGCCCCUCCGCGCCCUCCUCUUCGUGUCGAUGGGGCUCUUCGGGCUCUUCCCGGCCCUCCACGCCCUCGUGCUCAACUGGCGGGACCCGCACCGCGACCUCAUCCUCGCCUACGAGUCCGCCAUGGCCGCCUCCUACCUCCUCGGCACGCUCUUCUACGUCACCCGCGUGCCCGAGCGCUGGCUGCCCGGCCGCUUCGACCUCGCCGGCCACAGCCACCAGAUCUUUCACGUCUUCGUCCUCGUCGGCGCCCUCGCCCACUACGCCGCCGCCCAGGUUUUCUUCACCUACCGGACCAGGACCGCCUGCGCCGCCUUUGCUUGACUUUUCUUAAUUAAUUUAAGUGUAUAGUCAUACUCACAUGCUGCUCAUUCUUUUUCCAUUAAAUAAUUUCAUUCAUUAUUACUAUUUCUGCAAA